GACGUUUCAAUAUUUACAAGACAUUUGUUGUUCUUGUGCACUUUCUAGUGGUAAAACUUUCCUAUCACUUUUAGACACAGAAAAAUUGUAUAAAAAAGACUAUGAUAUGUCGGAGGAGUUGAAACAAAUGCAAGAUGAUGAACGCGAGGCGCUGAUUUCGAUUUACGAAGGCGACGAAGCGUUCAAACAAGUCAAUCCCACAACAUUUCAAUACAAAUAUGGAACAGAGAAUGAUGAGCACACAUUUCUCGUGGAGUUGGUGUGGGGCGAUGAAUAUCCAAAUGAAGGACCGAAAAUCAAUAUGAAUGUAUUUUACAAUCAACACUUAGUGGAUCCAGUGAAAGAAAAAAUCACGGAAGCUUUAAAGACGGAAGCUGAACAAUGGAUCGGUUGUGGGAUGACAUACACACUGUUUGAGUGCCUUAAGGAUCGCAUUGAGGAAAUGAUGGAGGCUCAACCGCAACACGUCAGUGAAGAUGAAAGCUCGGAAAGCGAUGAUUCAAAUGAUUCAGAUAGUUCCGAUGCCGAUAUUGGCGGCCUAUCCAUUUCAAAACCGAAAGCUGAAAAAUUGACCAAGGCACAGAAACGUCGUCAAUGGGACAAAGCAACAGCUGGUGGCGGAGAGCGACCAAGAGGAUAUGACUGGGUUGAUAUUGUGAAACAUCUGUCGCAAGUUGGCAAUAGAGAUGAAGCUGGCGCUGUUCCUCAAAAUUACGAUGGAUAAAUGAACGUUUGUUUGUUUGGCAUUUAUCGAAUGGACUAUUCAUACGAUUUAGAUUUUGUACAUUUUUUUGUCUGAAAAAUAGAUAGACUUUAUCAAUCGUGAAUAAAAUUUUAUGAGUUAUGUCCAAAAUA